AUGAGAUUUUCCCACCACUUUACCAUUGAUUACACGUUAGAGCAACUUCAAGAAAAGAAAGGUUCAAGAUUGCUUGGCCUAAGUAUGGAGUCUAAGAGUGUGAGCCAACCUUCUCCCAGCAAUGAAAACAAGCCGAAUUUCAAGUGCCCAGAAGGAUGGACAUGCACCAUCACCAAAACCGAGCCUUCUAAGAUCGGUAAACCAUUUGCAAAAUGUGGUGGCAGUGGUUGCUCCUGUGUCACUGAGAAAAAUGUUACAGAGACGGUGGAGAGUACAGAAGGAGCUAAAGUAUUUUGCGAGUGUGGUGAAGGUUGCAUAUGUGUGAUAGAUGAAACAAACACUGUGAAGGUUGUAUGUGCUUGA